AUGAGCGAAGAAAAAGAAAUUGUUAAUGCCAACGGAGACACGGAAGUGGACACAACUUCAACUCAGAGCGAUGAGGUUAGAAAUAAUAUUUCGGAUUGAAAGUUUUUUCAAAAUUUCAGCAGACGUCUUUUAAAGAUGAGUUGCGUCGUUUCAUGUACGGGGUCACUGAAUCGAGUGUUCGAGCUCAGGGAAUUUCUUACUCCUCAGUCGCCAAGACGAUUGAUCGAGCUGAUGGUAGAAUACAGCGUGUUUUGAGUUAUUGAUUAAAACGAAAUUUUGAAGAUUCUGUCAAGGAAAUUUUGAAAUCGGCGACGAAGCCCGUCGUUAAACUGACUGUUUCUACGGCGCUUCAACGUUAUGGUCAUGCAAAGUCUUUUCAGGUGAUUUUUUUUCAAUGAAAUUUAUCACUGAUUAUAUAUUUUAAGAAUGUGGCCCGUCUGCUCGAUGCUUUGGCCAAACAUGACUACGUGUCGACAGUGAGGACCUUGGCUCAAACGAUUAUUUCAGCCUUUCCCAUUUUGCCAAAUAUAAGGUGCGAAAAGUCAGGAAUAACGGUUGACCAUGCUUUUUUCAGUUCUCCGCUCUCUUUGAUUGCGGUGCCGUCUUCGAAAUGGCUGUUGCAUUUGCUCCAAUCUUCAAGUUCUUCUUCCUUAUCUGCUGAGGAUAACCUUCUUAUUGUAUGAUUUUUCAUUAUUCACUUUUAUUUUGAUUGAUUGAUUGAUAAUCUAAGCAUUUUAUCGGACCAGGAAAGCUCGAAACUCAUGAAGAAAAACUCGAUUGGUAGAAAAAUCAGGGACUUUUUUGUUUUUAUCCGUGAAACUCUUGAAUACACCCUUAGAUUUUAUGAAAAGCUGAUUAAUUUUUCAUUUUUCCAUGUCGUGUUUUGCGCCUUGAAACUCCUCAGUCAGUUUGAAGUACAAGAAAAACAACAAUUUUUUUUAGACUUCUGCUCUCGCGACCUUGGCCUACUACACCUCCGUCUCGAAAAAGGCUUCCGCCAUUUUCUCCAAAAAGCUGGAAAGGUCCCUGCGUUCGGAUGCUCGGCUUAAACAAGCCAUCGAAUCGACCAUUGCUGAAAUCGCCAAGGAAAACGGAGAAAAAGCCGUUUGCCUCAUCAGCACGGUCACCGAGGCUUCCAAGGCGUGAUCGAGAUCAGAAAAAAAAUGAAUCUCAGAAUUUUUAGGAAGCUUUCGCUGUACCUUUGUUCAUUGAGACGUUCACCAAGGUGGUUUUGUUGCCCAAAGUUCGGCCUUCGCAAAAUGUUGUUGUGAGUUUUUCAAUUUUUAGUGAAUUUGUUUAGUUUUUAAAAUUUUUAAAGUCACGAGCAGAGAAAAAUAACGUCAUGUUAAAGAAGAAUUUUUUUGAAAUUAUUAGAUUAUCAUAUUUUUGAAGAAACUUCCUUAAGGAGAAGUACCAGUCAUAAAUUUCUUUUUUUUUUUACUUUCUAGUCCUUUUUUCAACAGUUUUAGUGAAAAUAUUGUUUUUCUAAUUCAGUUGACCUGAAGGAAAUCAUAUUUUCCCACUUUUUUAGGCUUCUAGAAAGAUUUUUUUUAGUUUUCAUCGAUAAUCAAAAACUUCUGUUUCAUCACCUUGGUUAUUUUUCUAUGAGAAAAAUAUUUGAAAAGGAUUAUACAGAUUUUUUCUCGCUAUUUUCUAACAUACAGCACAUUUUUCUAGUAACUUUGUGGUUGAAUUAAACUAGAAUUCCAUCAAUUCCAACAGCAAUUAUCGAGUUUUUUGUGAAUUCAAAACUUUUCUUCAGGAUGCUUGUAAACCGUCGUUGGCUCAGCUUACUGAGAAAGAUUUCGCCGAUGCGUUCCUUCCCAAUAUCAAGAAGGCGAUGCUCCGUAGUCCUGAAGUUGCGAUGCAUGGUAAGAAUAUAAAAUUAAAGUUUCAUGAUGGAGUUUUUGAAAUUCUUUACAGAAAAAAUUGCGGCUCUUGAAAGAAACGCUAAGAAUGCAUGUAAACGUCAGACUUUUCAAAAAAGCCGAUUUUUGAAAUUUUUUGUAGAUUGGCGAACUUUCCCUGAAGACCUUUAAUUUUUUUUUUUUGAAUUAUUAAAGGGAACUAUUUCUUUAAAUUUUCAUUUUGCCGCUCUCCAGCCAGCAUGAAGUUAUCGGCUAUUGGUAACCGGACGUUUCUAAGAAUUUCUAGGGAUCACUUAAGAGUUCUGGCUCUACUAAAAUGGUCACUAGAAAUGCCCCAAAGGGUCCGGUUUGCAGUACCAAGAUACGAGUUGAAAAUAUAUUUAUCAUUUGAUGAUGAAUUUAAACUUGAAAAUAGUUCAGCUAAACUUGAACUGAUUUUUCUACUCUCUUGUUUUUUUUUUCGUGAAGGAGGUUCGCAUGAAAAUUGGCCAUUGUCUUGAAGAUUUAGAACUUAUUUAGAUUUGUUCAAAAUUUUUCAACUUUGCCGAUUAGUUGAAAGCUUGUAAAGGGGUAUUUUAUAAUAAUUAUCAUCAUUUUUGCUUAUUUUAUAUGUGGUCGUAAAGUUGAAGGAAUUAGAUUAAAAUCUUUUUCGGAGUUCUUUUUUUCUCUCAAUAGAACGGAUCUUGAUAUAUUUAGAAAAUUUUUUAAAGUCACACUUUUUUGCUAUUUAUUUUUCUGCUUGAUGUAUGCUGUUUUUGGGUUUGUAAAUUAUUAUUAUUAAAAUUUAUAAUUAAUCCAGCAAGGAGCCCAAAAUUAUGUUAUAAGCUCCUUCUGUAUUGAAUGAUUUUUCCGAACUUCACUAUACGAAACGUAGUUCUUUAGAAACUUUCUAUUUUUGCAUCGUAAUGAGCCUACAAUCACGAGAUUAUAAUUAUGAGAAAAGCUCGUUUUUUUUCUAGGAAACUCUGCUAUACGAAUCGCGUUUUCUAUUCUUGUAUUGUAGUGCACUUUUAAUCACGAGAACCUUUUCUCCAGUGAGUUCUAUUUUGGACUGCACUAUACAAUUGCGUGUCCAGUUUUUUCCUAAUUAUGAGAAAAGCCUCUUUUCGCUAUACGAAUCUUAUUUUUCCCAAUUUAAGAUAAGUUUUAGCUAACUGUGGACUUACAAAUGACACUAGGUCAACUGAAAUUUCAUUUUUCUCAUAGAUUUUCGAAAAAAUUCAGAAAGCCUGGAAAAGGGACAGCGAAAAUUUAAAAACUAUACGAACCAAAAAAGGUCAGCUGCUUAUUUCACCCUAUGGAAUUCGUUUUCUUCAAAAUUUCCCACUAUGAGUUAUUUUCAUGCACUUUCAGUAAUGAGGUUAGAAGGGUGGGAACGGUUAAACCAUUUUGGCUACCAUUUUGGCUACCAUUUCGACUACCUUUUUGCACGAUUUUAGCUAGCUAUUUGGCUUCCAUUUUGGCUACCAUUUUGAGAAAAUCUUCUUCAAAGAAGUGUUAAACAAAAUUAUCAUACUAUAGUAUUGAUCUCCAAAGCAUGAGGCCGUGAUAAUGAGGAUACCAGGCUCUAAUGAGCUCCGCUAACGACACCGUAAUUAUAAGAGGAGCCUUUCUCUGAUCUGUUCGAUAAUUAAAAGAUACGGUAGUGCUAAUCUCCCAACCACGAGACCCUGAUAAAGAGGAUACCUUGCUCUAAUGAACUCCGUUGACGACUUUGUAUCUAUAAGAGCUUUUCUCCGAUGAUCAUUCUUAAAAUCACGAUACGGUAGUUCUAAUCUUCCAAUCACGAGGCCUAGAUAAUGAGGCCGCAAUUAUGAGCCGAGCUCUAAUUUCUAACCAAUUAAACGUGACUUUACGACGAUUUUCUCCAACAAUGCCUAUCGAUCGUGACUGCAGGAGUGCUGGCCACCGUCGAGGCGUUCCCCUUCUCACUCGACGCCCACGCCGACGAAAUUCUGAAGGCGGCGCUCGGUGAGAGCUUAUCGAUAACUGCCUCCGUUGUCAAGGCGACGCGCCAACGAACUACCUGCCUUUCUAGGUUCGGCACAAUCGGCCGACGACUCGCUCCGAGAUGCGGCCAUCGGCGUCGCUGUCGCCCUCUCCGCCCGUGCCCAGGCUCCCGUCCUCGCCAAAGUCGUUGCAAGGCUUUUCGACCAAGUUUCGGGUGGGUCCGCUCAAUCUACUCUAUGGCUGCCUGCCGCGCGGAAAUUAAUCUUGAAAUCGUCGCGCAGGUGUAUUUUGCAACGAAUAUACUUUCGUGUAGAAAAAGUGCUAAAUCGAGGCGAUUUCAACCUUUUUUUGAAAAGUAACGUAGGAAACUAGGAAAGCUAUACUCAGGAAAACAGAUCAGAAGGUUUAAGAUCAUUUUACUUUUUUGGGAACUUUCUGAAAAUUGGCCAAGAUACUUCUUGUGGUACCAAAAAAAAGAGCUUGAAAGUCUCAGCCUGCUCAAUUUCCUAGUACUUGAGAAUGGAAUACCUAGAAGCCGAAGUAAAUCCUUAAAAUACGUUUAAAAUGGCCUAAAAAUGAUCAUUUCUCAAAAACCCGGGAGCUGUACAGUUUGAAAUUUUCAGGAUUUUUUUCUUUGUUGGCCAAAAAAAAUUUUUUUUGGCCAAUUUUCGAAAAAUUCCCAACCGCAUAGUGGAAUGACUUCCCUUGUCAGAAAACUCAUUUUGGAGUUUCACCCCAACUUUUUUUUUACGAAUUUGGAGUGAGGCAAAGAACAGAAUUUGAUAUGAUCCAUGGCUCAGUAGGCAAUGCGAAGCUCGACUUGAAAAAUUCUGAAUUUUGAACUUUUUUGUUCUUUAGAUUUCGAACCGAUUUUUUCUCCUCUGAUGCAGACAAAAAAUGACGAGACUUUCGACUUUCAGGAGCCAAAUCCUCAGAACACCGCAUCGCCCUUCUCCAAGGCAUCGCGAAAAUCGCCAAGCUCGCACCGAAAAACUUGGACGUCGCCGCAGUUGACAAAAUCGCCGAUGAUGUCAUUUCCAAAACCGCCAAGGGCGAUAAAGAUAGUAUGAAGCUGUGCCAAAAACACGAAAAUGACUGAAAAUUCAGCUCAUGAAGCGACGGUUUCGGCCCAAUGGGCCACCGCUGUCGAAUGGGCCCAACGGUUGAGCAAAGUCACACCGACGCUUGUCAAUGCGUUCAAGGUGAAAUCGAAGAAAAAAGCUCGGAUUAUAACGGAAAUCGGGAUUGUAGGAAGCUUCGAAACUCGCUCCGACUGUUAGGAACGUCGGCUACAGAACGCUGGUCGAAGUGAUGGAGAAAAGUUGGUUUUGAGAAAUUCAGUGAAUAAAAAGAUUAAGAGAGAAGUUGGAAGAGAAGAGAAAUAGACUGUACUAGUAUUCCAGAAGAAUUUAAUUUAAAAAAAGACCAGGUCUUCAUUUUUGUUCACUAGGAAUCUGUAAUGCAUCGCUAGCCUUGAAAAAAAAUAUUGUAGAAAUCUUCGUAUCGCACAAUAUUUCGCUAGUUGCUUUAAAUCCUGUUUUCAUGUUUCACAAGAAUUUCAGCUACAAGAAGCUUUUGAAAGUUAACCAAACCUUCUUCGAAAUUAAGUAUCAUAGGUAAAGUCGGCAGGAUGGAAAAAGGCUCUAUAGAAAUGUUCCUUUUUUGCGCCAUUUCAUCGGCUCUUAUGUACCAUUUUUGCUGCUUCUCCCCUUUUCCAAGCCUUCAAAAUCCCAGAAAAAUUGGAAGGCUCAAUAAAGGGACUCUUUUUGCUCCCUUUCUGCGACCUUUCUUGAGCCUCUCCCGUUUAGCGGCCAUUAUCCACCAUUCCGACUUUGCCCAAGAUGUAGUCUUUGAAACUGUCUUCUUUAGAAAACCUGACGGCGCUGCCCGAUGGCGUGAAUGCUAAGGAUUUCUGGGCCGAGGUUGAAACUGGACCAAAAGGUGAGCUGAGCUCAGUCCCCCUGGCUCUCUUGCUUCUCAAUGUCGCCAAAGAAGGCUCAGUGGAACAUACGAAAGUUUGGAGCCGCGCGGCCCACGCUGAAAGCCUUUUCAAGGUUGAAAAUAAACUAGAAGAAAAAAACAUCGAGUGAUUUUUAUAGGAGAAACACCUUUCUUCGGUCCGAUGGCAAGACGCUCUGAUUUGGUGCAAACUUGUCGAAAAUAUCAUCACCCAGAGGCCGGUUGGUGAUAAGGUUCUACAUAGGGAAACUCGAAAUAAAUAAAUUGUGAAAAUUCAGAACGCUCCGGCCACGUAUUCAUCGGUUUUCCUGAAAUCUUUCUCCUUGUUGCUUUUCUGGCCGAAUUGGAAGGUAGGUUUUGGGUAAAAUAGCAGCUUAGUUCUCGAAUUAGUAUGACUUGUAAGCUUAAAUUUUGAUUUUGAGCCGUUUUUGGAGUGAAAAGAUCUGUAGGGGCCACUUGAGCUUACCUUACGGGUCAGACCCUUAUAGGGAUCACCUAAACUUUACCCCUGUAAGGAUCACUUAGGCUUGGCUUAGUAGUCAGUCCCAUAUAAGGACCGCCUGAAUUUUACUCCUGUAGGGGUUACUUAAGCUUGGCUUAGGGGUCAGACCCUUAUAGGGACCACUUAAAUUUUACCCCUGUAGGGAUUACUUAAGCUUGGCUUAGGGGUCGGAACCUUAUAAGGACCAUCUAAAUUCCACCCCUGUAGGUAUUACUAAGGCUUGGCUUUAGGGUUCGAACCCUUAUAGGGACCACCUGAAUUUAAUUCCUGUAGGGAUUACAUGAGCUUGCCUUAGGAGGCAGACCCUUAUAGGGACCCCCUAAGCUUAACUCCUGUAGGGGUCACAGAAAUUUUACUUUCACAAAAAAUAUGGUUUUUUUCUAGGUCCGGGAACAAGCUUCCAAGUCCCUGGAGAAGGUUCUCGAAAAAGAAAAAGCGAUUUUCGCUGAAGCUCUGGCUGACACCAUCUACACGGAGACCGUCAAUGGCAACAUCGACUCGGUUUUUCAGAAAAAUAUUGAAUUUUCUUACAACUUUCGAUUUUCAAGCUUCUUCGGAAAGUCCCGGCGUGUCCAGAGGCCACUGAAUGGACGGUGCCUGGAGAGUGGUAUGUUAAGGUGAGAUCCAAGGAGUCUGAAGAAGAAAAUUGAUUCAAAAUUUGAAGACCCUCCGGCUUCUUCUCACGCCAAAUGGACCGGAACUCGACAAGUUGGCGAUUCAUACGUUGUUGUUGGCGUCUGUACAGAGAUUGGGUCAGUUAAUUAUUAAGAAAAAAAAAAUUGACAGAAUUUCAAAAUCAAUCACAAUGAUAUUGAGUACUUCGGCGGAUUCUUCCAAGUUACAGAAUUAAAAAAAUGAACUUUUUAUUUUUAGUGGAAGUCGACGGAUCGGUUUGGCUCCGGUGGAUGCACUCACAUCGUGAGGCGAAGACGUGGGAGGAUUCAGAAUCCUUCCGGGAAAGCGCCAUCAUGAGGGUCUUGAGGUGUCGGGAGAGGCCCGUAAGGUGAGAGAAAACAGCAAGAAACUUUAGCCAGAAGUUCAAGAAAAAGUCUUUUUUCUCAGUUUUCAAGUACACAUUUAUCAGAGACACGGCCCUCAUCACUCUGGUCGCGCUGAACGUCGAAUCGGUCCGGAACCACCUCUGGAAACACGUCGAAGAGAGCAUCGCCGACCUCGACGUCAAGACCUACACGAAAUUGACCGAGAAGCAAAUCGCAGUGUACAAAUGUCCCGAAGGGCAGCUCUACAAUACGGAUGCCUUGGACUUGUCAGUGACUUCUUGGAUUGAGUAGUUCAUUCAUCACUGGCUGGGGGUGACAAAUCAAACGUUUUUUUCGUGUUAAAAGUCGAUUUUCCUUGAAAAUCGGACAUUUUUUUUCAGUCUUGAGGGUUUUAGGCUAGAAGAACCGUGUGUUAACCUCAAGCCGGUUUUUGAAUCUAUUAUCACUUUUUCUAAACAUAAAUUUAUUAUUUUUAUUCCAGUGAUGAAGGCGAAGGAAUGCACAACAUGAAGCGCGAGAACAAGGCAUACAGCUAUAAGGACCAACUGGCCGAAAUUCAGCUGAAGUGGAUUUUUUCAAAAGUUUCAAUAUUUUCGAAUAAUUUGAAGGCGAGAAUUGGCGGAAAAACGGAAGAAAGAGGGAAAAUUGACGCCCAAGCAGAAGCAGGUCAUGGAGAAGGAGUUGGCCAGUGAAAAGGUUUCGAAAAAGCCUUGAAUAUAAUCCUUGAUUGUAAGUUUUAGGUGGUUCGUGAUGAGCUGAAGGAGCUCUACAAUGUUGCCGAGGAGAAGCUGGACGAACUGAGGGCUCUCGUGGCGGCGGAUCAUGCUGGAGCUUUUGCGAGGUUGACAUAGAGACUAUUAACCGUGAUAUGAAGCUGUAAACUGUCUAUCUGCGCCUUCUUUUUUUCCUGAGAGAACUGAAUAAGCGCGUAAAAACUGAGAGACGCAGAGAAUUAUAUUGCUUGAAGAUGGGGGGGCGAAUCUGUUUAGGUUUUUUUGAGUUAAAUCAAGUCCCCCUUAGGAGAAAAAAAUUAGAACUUCUGACGUUUCGUAGUUUCCUUUUUGUAUACUGUAUUCUGCAAAAAUGAAGUCUCAGUUUAUCAAAACUCGUUUUGCUCUAGCUCUGACCACAAACACUGUUUUUGCGCGAGUCAUCAUCUGCUUCUCUUUUUUCUCUAACAAGUUCGUUUUUAGACCUACACUUCUCUUCGACCACUGCUUGCCCUUGACCAAAAGCCUUCUGAUCGCAAAAGAAGCGGCGGCCGUCUUCCUGGCCUACAGACAUGCUGCCUUCGAACACACUGACGAUUAUUUGGGUGCUCCGUAGCUUCUAGCGAAAAAAAAAAAUCAAUGCGCAAGUUGUAGAUGAACUCGUGGCGAGCUGCUGGUUGCGUGUCAUCGGCGCUCAGUGGCAGAUCGACAGCUGGAAGGACGAGCCCUUGAAUACCGCCUUGAAAAGGAUGCUGUCGUUACUCAAUGAGAGGGCUUUCGUUGUUGAUACGGGCGAUGAUGAUGCUGAUGUGAGCUUGUUAGAAGUUUUCGAAGGAGCGAAAUUGUGUCUUGAAGUUGACGGUCAUGUAGUCUGUUCAGAUUUUGAAUGUCAAGUCAUCGCUCAAGCUCCGCCCCUUAAUGGCGCGAUAAACCAAUCAGAGAGCGAGCCAUCCACAGAGCGUUUUCGAAUGACGUCAUUCUACUUUACAUUCAAAAUCUGAACGGACUAUACGUCGAAAAAAAAGAAUUUCAGAAUACAAAUCCAAAAAAAAACUUUCUUGAAGUAGAAACAGUAGCUGGCUAGAGCCCGAGCUUAAGGGAAGAUUUUUUUCUUGGAAAGAAAAUGACCGAACUUAAAAUGCCUCUAGAAAGUUUUCCCAUGACUCUCCCUCUUCUUCGAAAGCUUAAAAUUUCGUUAUAUCCUUGAAAAAGAAGAUUUUAAGGAUCUCAUUUUUGAUGACGAAAUUGUCGGCCCCCCGCAGCUCACUUUGUUGUAUCCACUGUGCAAGGUUGUUUUGAUAUUCUGGCCUUUUCUCAUUGACAAUCCACUCAGGUCAUUUUAACCAGUGAUAAGUACGGCGACGCCCCCAAAAACGACGUUCUCCAACUGCUUCAAAACGCUUUGAAUCGCAAAUUCUUGAAGGUUUUGAAGGAAUCGCAAAUUCUUGAAGGAAAAAAAAAAUGAUAAACUCAGGACGGCGCCGUGCUCCAUUUGCCCAUGGAGCAGUAUUCCUCCCUGCUUCUCGGCUAUUAUUCGGUCACUCUGUCAGCCCCGGCUCUCAAGGUCUACUAAUAUGUCGAAUAAAAAUCAAGAUCCCUCCCCCUUAUUGGCGUGCUCUACGAGCUAUGACACUCUUUCGAACAUUGCCGAUUCAACUUCAGCAAUGUCGAGGGUGUCAUGGCCCGUUCCAGCCCCUGUUUUCUCCCCUUUUCCAUACAUUUGUUCUUUCGUUUUUCUAGUUUUUCUCUCGACUCUCGAUUUCCAGGCUCUUUCCCAACUUAUGGGCUUGGCCAAUGACACUGGAGAUGUGGGUCCGAGGGUUAUCGGAAUGCUCCGAGAAACGUUGGCUUUUGUGACGAAUGACCGCCAUGAAGUUAGAAUCGCCGCCCUCCAGGUUGAUUUUCCUGAAAUUAAUUUUCUAAAAUUAGUUUUCUAUCGAAUUUUGUUACUUUUUCCAUGUCCGGUAGUAUCAUUUCAUUAUUUUGCCCAUAGGUUUUGUCUGCGCCUCAACUGCUGACGCGCGUCGUCGUCGAGUCCGACGAUCCUGAAAUCGUUCGCGAUCUCCUCGUCCGCAUCUACAUCGCCAUCUUUGACCCGGUUGAAGCCGUUGCCGAAGCUGCCAAUCGCGUCUGGCACGACAACCACUUCCAGCCGAAGAUUCUCAUGGGCGACAUGAUCGUCGGUUGGCUCCUGAAGGCCUUUCCAAUCUAAAAAAGAGUUUUCAGAUGAAUGCGUGGCUCACUCUGCCUUAGUUCGAGAAUCGGCGGCUCGCGCCUUGUUCGCCUACCUGGAGCAUUUCCCAGACGAGAUGAGCAAGUCGUUGGAGAAAAUUGAUAAGGUUUAGAGGGUAGAGAGAACAAAAAUUGGUUGAAUGGAAAAUAUGCAGGGGAAAACCUUUAAAAAGUCUCAAGUGCGCCUUUUUUUUUCUAGUCUUUCUGAAAAGGACCUUUCAAGGAGGGCUAGAAAAAAGGAAAAAAAAGGAGAUUCCGAGAAAAUUUUGACACCUUUUUAGGAGCUCAAAAAGGAGCUUUAGGCUCUUCCUUUCAAGGUCGUUUGGACUUUACCUGUGUUACAGGGGAGAUCAUUUCAUUUUGCCGUUUUUCAUCUUCAGAAAAUUUAGGACUGCCAAUACUUAUCUACACAGAAUUUUAAAAAAAUCACAAUUAAAAGUUCCAGCUGUACCAAGAUCUGCUGGAAGUGCGUGGAGCGGUGUUCGAUGACGUUGGACGUCUUCAGCGUGACGCCGUCGAUGAGUUUGAACGACGUUCUGGUGUUCCAGUCGCCUUGAACCAUUUGGCGACAAUUGUCCGGGCUGAUGAGGCCGAGAGAUUGAUUCAUAUUGUUAGUGAUGAGCUUAAAAUCCCAAAAAGCUUAUAAGAAUACUUCUCAUCUUUUUAGGUGGUCCCGAAAGGAAUCGUAGAUGGGAAUUCGGAGUGUCGAAACGGCAUGAGAAACGCCGCUGUAGAGGCGAUCCGACGUCACGGCGCCGUGAAUAUGGGAAGUCUUCUGCCCUUCCUUGGUAAUUUCUAUGAAAAGAAGAAGACUAUAAAAUGAUGUUCUCAGAAAAACUGUCGGACUCGACUCCGAGCGGAGGAGAGCACGACAACAUGCGGCAAGGACUUGUCGUCUUGUUGGGAACUUUGGCUCAGUAUAUCGACCCGACAAAUGGAAAGGUGCGUAUAGAAAAGGACAAAACCAAGCAAAAGUAUUAGAAAACAUAUCAAAAAUCAUUUUGUUUCGUUCCAGUAAAGCGAAAAUGACUAGACAUUCUACUUUGAAGGAUUUUAAGUGAAAUCUUGUAAUUUUCCAGGUCAAAUCUAUCGUUGCUCGACUUAUGGACGCUCUUUCUACACCCAGUCAAACUGUUCAAGAAUCGGUCUCGAAAUGUCUGUCCCCACUUGUUCCUGCCAUCCGCAGCGGUUAGAAACUCGUUCAUCUGGAAAAAUUUUUAGUAGCCAUUAUAGAGGCCCGCCAAGGACUACUUGGAGAGGACACUUAAGUAGCCGCUAAACCCACCUCUAUAGUGGCCACUUUUUUGCGUUUUUGUGGCCACUUCAGUAGUUUUUUAUCCAUUAUUCCUUCCAGCAACUCUGAUAAAUUUUAAAAAAACAGAUUGGGCCAGUUAUGUUGAUCCAUUGACCCUUAAAGUGGCCACUUAAAUUUUCAGUUGUCUACUAGUAGUACUGAGACCUCUACAGUGUCCACUAAUUUUUAACCCCUUUAGUGGCCACUAAUUUGACUACUAUAGUGGCCACUAAAACGUCAAAACCCUAUAAUGGCUACUAAAAAUCUUCCCAGAUUGCCAUGAAAUCAAAUGGGAUUUUCAGAAGUUCGAAGCUUGAUCCUGAAUCUGCAGAACGUCCUGUUUGAGGCCGAAACUUAUGGAGAACGCCGUGGCGCGGCAUACGGUAUCGCCGGCCUUGUCAAAGGCCUGGGAAUGGCUUCCAUCAAGGUCCUUGAACGUGAAGAAAAAAGAGAGAAUAAAAGUUUUUAGGACAUUGAUCUCUUGCCGACGAUUCAUAAAAACCUGGCCGACAAAAAGAGCGCCAGACAUCGGGAAGGCGGCCUCUUGGCCCUCGAGAUUUUGUGCACGUCCGUCUUGAUUUUUAUUGUCAUUACUUUUUUUGAUUGAUCUUUAGUUUUCGCUGAAUCGUGAUAUUGAGCUUCGGUUUACGAAGCUGUUGUUGAUCAAAAACGGAGCGUAGAACUUCUAGCCCUUGUUUUGAUAGUAUAUGAUUUUUGAGCGUUCCGAUGAUCAUCUGCGUCUUUAUAGUCUGUUCAAAUUUUGAAUGUCAAGUAAUCGCUCAAACUCCGCCCUUUUCAAACCAAUAAGAGAGCGAUCCAGAGUGUUCUUAAGGGGCGGAGUUUGCUACUUCACUUUCAAAAUUUGAACAGACUAUAAAUGAAGACAAUACGACGUCAAGCUUGUCUAUGGCAUGGCUGACGGACGUCAAAUCUCAGACGAGAACGGGAACUUUGAUUUUUUUUUUACAUGACGAUAAAGAAAUCUUGAAAAUAUGUUUGAGAUGAUCGAAAUCUCUAUUUGAACUGUUCCAGAACGAUUGGAAAGUUGUUCGAGCCGUACAUUGUCAAGGCGUUGCCAGCCCUUCUCCUCUGCUUUGGAGAUAACGACGAGAAUGUCCGCAAGUCUGCUGAGGUGAUUAAAUAUUUUUUUAGAAAAACUGAAUCUCGAAAAUUUCAAAAUAAGAGUUUUUUCUCAUUCAACGAACUUUUUUCAAAAAAUUGGAAAUCGAAGCAUCCAUCAAGUACAGGACUUCUUCAGUCCGGGAGAAGGGCUAUUUCGAAAAAUCAGGAAUAUAAGGAUGUUUCAAACCCAAGGAGAUAGUUUCGGCCAAAAUAGUAGACUCAGGAAGGUGGUACUGACUUCAAUCUUGGAAAAUUUUGAAGGAGGGUCGGCGGCCUUUAAAAAUGGUCCACCCAUGCAUCCACUCAGAACUGAAUUGAAACGAAAAAAUGGAAAAUGAUUAAAUUUUUAAAAUAUAGGUUCAAUGAAUUCUAACUAUAUUUCUCAAAGAAAAACAAGUAUUUUUCAAAUUCAAAGGAGUUUGAAAGAAAAUUUCAUCAAAAAUGAUUUUUUCCAGGACACGGCCCGAGCCAUGAUGGCCUCUAUGUCCGUAUAUGGUACCAAGCUGAUUUUACCAUCACUUUUAUCGGCUAUCGAUGACGAAUCUUGGAGGACAAAGUGUGCUGCGGUACUUUGAUAAACAAAAAAAAAAUUGAGUUGAAUAAUUCAGACUGAACUUCUCGGCUCAAUGGCCUUCUGCGCCCCACGGCAACUCUCCUCUUGCCUCCCAAGCAUCGUCCCAAAACUCAUCGAUGUCCUGGCCGAUUCCUCGUCGAAAGUGCAGAAAUCGGGCGAGAAAGCCCUUCGGCAAAUCGCCCGCGUCGUCAGAAACCCGGAGAUUAUUGGUGUGACUAACCAAUUGAUGGCCGGCAUGCUCGAUCCGGCUAACAAGACCAGUUCGGCUCUUCAGGUUGACUAGAAGAAAAACAUCGAACUUGAUGGAGAGUUCCAGGCGGUCCUCAACACCAAGUUCAUCCACUACAUCGACGCGCCGUCAUUGGCCUUGAUGAUGCCAAUUGUGAGACGAGCCUUCGAGGACAGGAAUAGUGAGACCAGGCGUGUCGCUGCGCAGAUCAUUGCUAAUAUCUACUCGCUCACGGAGAAUAAGGUUAUUUGAGGAAGGAAAAAGGGAUGAACUUGGAAAUAUAAUAACUGUAUUAUGACAAGAAACUCCAUACAAUUCUUUCGCGAGAAAUGGGAAAAAUAUGAAAAUUCGACGCAAGAAUUGUCUACUUUUAGCCCUAGGUGAAACUCAGGAAAAAAUAAGUUUGAAAGAAACUACUCGUUUUUACUUCUCAAUAUUAUAGUCCAUCCGCCGCGACUUGACAGUUUUCGCGUGUCUGCGUCUCUCUGUUCUCUCACAGAGGAAGUCAGAGAAACAUGGAAAUAGCUCGUAAACAUGAGAGAGACGUCGAGAGAAAAGGAGAGCGCAGAGAAUUUCGAGUUGAAAAAAAUUGACUAUACCCUAAUAAAGAUUUUCAACGUGAAGAAUUUAACAUACUUCAUACAAUACACACAGGACAUGGAACCGUACCUGCUCAACCUGGUGCCAGGCCUUCAACGCUCUCUUCUCGACCCCGUGCCAGAUAUUCGUACGGUUUCGGCCCGAGCUCUCGGAGCCAUCGUUUCCAAGGCUGGCGAAAAGACCAGCGAGCAACUUCGUAGCGAUAUCGUGCCCUGGUUGAAGGAGAAGCUGGUCCGAGAUUGAAUCAAUGGAAAAAAUAUGAAGAAGAUGUUAAGGUAUCGCCGGUUUCCACUGUCGAUCGGUCUGGCGCGGCUCAAGGUCUUUGCGAAGUCCUGGCUGGAGUUGGAACCGACCAAUUGGACUAUGUCAUGCCGGAGAUCAUCGCUGCUACGGAGAGUACUGAGGUUGGAAAUAGAAAGAAAAUACUUAAAUGGAAAAAAAAAUAUAAAAUUAAAAAAAAAUUCUCAAGGUAGAAAAGGGUAAGAGAAAGGUAAAACAAACAGAAUCCAAAGAAAAACAUUAAAGGUGUCGGCUGAAACGCGUGACGGCUACAUCUUGAUGUACAUCUACCUCCCCAUGGUUUUCGGUGAUCGAUUCAUUCCCUACCUUCCUCAAGUCGUUCCGCCGAUCCUCAAGGCUCUCGCUGAUGAGAAUGAGUUCGAAAAUACAGAAUGAUUGAUAAAAUGAUAAAUGCUCAAGAUAUGUCCGAGCGUCGGCUCUCAAGGCUGGCCAACGACUCAUCUCUCAGUAUUGCUCACACGCCCGCAAACUGCUCUUGCCUCAGCUUCAGGUAUUUUUUUUUCAGCUUUUCAACCAUACAUAGGAUGAGCAUGACUGGCGAAAGGCAAGUUUUUUACGGUCCCCCCCUUUAAUCGUGCCAAGUCCCCUCCUCUUUUUCAGGUCCCACCGAGACUAUCCCAUGUAUGUUUUUAACUGAGAAGCCCUUAAUUUUUGAAGGCUUUUCUUUGUUCCAAAGCUUUCUGGAAAUUUUUUAUUUCUAAAUAAGAUUUUUCGUAAGAUUGCUUUUUGACCAGUGAAUGUGAAAGGAGGAAAAAGAAAUUUUAGAAGAAUUAAGAAUUGAAUUUUGAAGGAAAAUGAGCAGCUUGGAAGCAGGCUAUUAGAAACUAUGAAGCUUCAUUCGAAUCUUCAAAUAAACUCUGAGAAAAAUGAGCAUGAACCCCGAAAUAAAGUGAACUUUUCGUUGCUUUUUUCAGUGCACCCCUUGGGCGACCGGUCAGAAAGAAAUAGUUUUUUAAGCUACCGUAACGACCUAGGAUGACACUGUAGAAAAUGGUGAUAUUGGGAAACAAACCACUUCGAAAUCGUAAUUGGAAUAAGUACCGAACCCCCGGUUGAACUGCGGGGUGCACCGGGAGCUCACCUCAGGGUGCACCACAACUUUUGUCAGAGAAGCUUUUCUGAAAAUUUUGGCAUCCUCAUUUUAACAAAAAUUAGGGUGUACCCCGCAGUGAACCCCGAAAAAGGUGAACGUUGAUUUUUUGGGUGCACCCCGCGUUGCACCUGGAUGGCGUGCACCCCUGGGGCAACCAUAUUUGAGCUACCGUAACGACCUAGGAUAAGAAUAGCACCAGAAUAAGUUACAAACGGCUCUGUACCAUCCUCAAAAGGAUUUCCAUUUUUCUCCAGUUUAUAUUAUUUAAUUUUCACAGAUCGCUCUGAUGGACGAAAACUGGCGCAUUCGGUACGCCUCGGUGCAGCUCAUCGGAGACUUCCUCUUCAAUAUUUCUGGUUUCCUUGGAUGAUUCUGAAAAAGUUGUAAACUCAUUUUUCCAGGAAUCUCUGGCAAAUCGACAUCGGCCACCGCUGAUGACGAUGACACGAUGGGACUGGAACAGGCUGGCAAGACGAUUGUCAGGGCGCUUGGCCAAAGAGACAGAGAUCGUGUCCUGGCUGGAUUGUACCUGGCCAGGUCGGAUGUCGCCUUGGUCGUCCGGCAGGCGGCUGGUCACGUCUGGAAGAUGAUCGUCGCCAACACGCCCAGAACCCUGAAGGAAGUCAUGAAGAUCCUCUUCGAGAUGGUGGGUUUCUGCAGAAAAUUGAACGUUCUCAAAAGUGAUACUUUUUUCUUUCAUUUUAAAUUGAACUUUUAUAGAUGACUCAUUCUCCGAGUUACAUACUUGAGGAGUUUUGAAGGAAAAACCCUUGAAAUUUGACCGCUUCGCGACCGCGUUGCAUUACUAAAUCCAGCAUAGCCAGCCAUGAAGAAAAUUAAUAUGAUCAUUCACAAAAAUGAAUAAUCAGGUUGUCGAUUCCUUGGCUUCAACUUGCGAGGAACGUCAGCAAAUGGGAGCCAGAUGCUUGGGAGAGCUCGUCCGAAAAAUGGGAGACAAAGUCAUCGGCGAGGUAAUCAUCAGUAGAUUAUUCCAAGUCAGAAAAUGAUAUCAUUCCAGAUCCUCCCCGUUCUCGACGCCAACCAGAAGUCGGAAGAAAAACAGCAACGAGUUGGAGUCGCAUUGGCGUUACACGAGAUUAUUGGAAAUAUGAGCAAGGUUUAGCAACAAAAAAAGGUUCAAACUACGCCUUUUUCAGGAAGUCCUCAACCACUACCUCAUCGCGAUCGUCGCCCCGAUCCGACAGUCGAUUUGCGACGAAGACGAGAGCGUCAGAGAGGCCGCCGCCAACACCUUCUCCGUUUUGUAUCAUGUGAGGAUUGAAAAAGAUCAAGAAGUGGUCACUUGAGGCUUUUUUUAGUGGCCACUAUAGAGGCUCGCCAAGGACUACUUGGUGAGGACACUAAAGUGGCCACUAAACCCACCUUUAUAGCGGCCAUUUUUUCCCUUUUGGUGGCUACUGUAGAGGUUCUCUCUUCAGUCAUCACUUCAGUAGUUUUUCAUCCAGUAACUCUGAUAAUGUUUAAACAAACAGUUUGGCCACUAAUUUGACUACUAUAGUGACCACUGAAACGUCAAAACCCUAUAGUGGUCACUAAAAAUUUUCCAUGCACUAGGUAAUAAAUCUCAUUCACUUCUAAAUAAGACUAGGUUCACUAUAUAUAUAAUUUCAGCAGAGUUAUGAUUUUCCGAAAAUUUCUCAUGAUCUUGAUAUUUUCAUUUCAGGUUGUUGGAAACGAAGCCCUGGAUGAAAUCAUCACGCCCCUGCUGGAGAAGCUGACACCGGAUCAAGACCAUAUCCUUCAAGGACUUUGCGAGGUCCUAAUUAUAUCGAAAUCGUAUAAUUUGUUCAUUGUUCAGGUCAUGAAGCAGAACAGCAGGUCGAUGUUGCCGUAUCUGUUGCCUAAACUCACGAAACCGCCCGUCAAUGUUCAUGCUCUCUGCAGUUUGGCCGCUGUCUCUGGUUUCGAAAAAUUGCAAAAACGAAAAAUCGAGACGAAUUACAGGAGAUUCGCUGAGCAGACAACUGCCGAAAGUACUGGAUGCCCUGUUGGCCUCUUGUGAGACGAAUGAGGAGAACGAUCCGGUUGGUUUUUGAGGGAAUGAAUGACAAGAAAUAUUUAAAAAACGAAAAAUGAGCCCAAAAGCCUACAGGAGAGCCUUAAGGACCAAGCUGGAAAAAAUUGGGACUUCCAGUUUGAAGCUGGAAAAAAAUUGGGACUCUCAACUUGAAGCUGGAAAAAAAAAAAUUGGGGCUCCCAAUUUGAAGCUGGAAAAAGUUGGAACUCCCAAUUUAAAGCUCGAAAGUUGGGACUCGCAAUUUGAAGCUGGAAAAAAGUUGGGACUCCCAAUUUGAAUCUGGAAAAAGUUGGUACUCCCAAUUUCAAGCUGGAAAAAAAUUGGGACCUUUCUGAAAUUAAAGCACAGGUCGGACUUUCUCAAGUCGCGGCGGAUUCGUUAAGUGACAGACUUUUCAUAGACUUUUAGCGUGUUCAAUAAGAUUUCUUGAUUCCAGAUGAUUGAAUCGUGUGAGAUCGUCGUAACUGCGGUCACUGACGAAGAAGGCGUUCCAGUCCUAAUCGAUUACCUGUUGAAACGAGCCAUGAAAGGCAACGUUCCUGCUGUCGUACUCCUCAGGACAUUCCUCGAGAAGAGCGCUGUAAUAUCAAUAUUUAUUAGAAAAAUGAGCAUUAUCCAUUGUUAGAAUUCUUUGAUCGAACUGGCUGAUGAGAUCUUGCCGGGGCUCCUCAACUUAUACUCCUCGGACAGCGAACAAAUCGCCAAUCAUGCGGUCGCUGCCUGCAACGGCAUGUUCAAGGCGAUCGGACAUAAGAACUUGUUGGUGAGUUGAUCGGGGGAGCUUUUUGAAACAGCAAUCUUUUGUAUCCUCACACCAGCUGAAAAGUUGAUUUUUCUGUGAAUGAAUUGAGAACGGAGAGUAGAAAAAAAGCUGAAAUUACCUUUAUUCCCAGUAUCUUCCAUUUAAAUUAAUCAGGAAAGUUUAUUUGACUUUUCUAUUAGUUUAUGAGCCGUUUUUCAGAAACCAUGGAUGUAUAGUGAAAUUACCUUCCUUGAUAAUAUAAAUGAGAUUAAAGAGAGCAAUUUGAGUUACAAUGAAAAGUCAAAAUUCCUCUCUCAUCGUGAAAGAAACUGAUGUGAACUCUCAGGGCUCCCUGCCAGUUAUGAAGAAGGCCUUCAACGCUCUGGCGGCCACCGUCAAGAGAGGAAAGAAGGUUCACGGACUGGAGAACAAGGACGGCGUCAUGCCUUUCGCCAUGGUAGCUCGAGAAGUCAUCAUCAAUGUCAAAAGUUGAUCGACCGGCAUUUAUCGAGGGGAACGUUGGACUUUCAGCGGAAAGCCUGAGAGAACAAGCCGCGGAAACGUUGAAGAUGAUCGUCGAAGCCACGAAUCCCGAAAUCCUCAACAUUCACGCUGUCUACCUUCUCGGAGUCUUUGUUCGCGCCGUCGCUGAGAAGUUUGUACUUUUGUUGGAAGAUUGCGCUGCGAAAAUGCAGGGAUUUUGCGCUCGAUGGAGAAAAAAGAUUGUUUUAUAGCAUCUGACAAGGGCGGUCAUUAUUUGUAAAGCUCUCAUUCUCCUUUAAUUUUGCCCAAACUUCUCUGAAGGUGAAAUUACUCAACCCUCGGUAACCAGACCUAAAUAGGAAAUGACCGGGAAUUUCUAGUGACCACUUUAGUACCGUCAGCACUCUUAAGUGAUCCCUAGAUUUGUUCAAAAACGUUCGGAGCGCGCCCGGUUUCCGUUACCGAAAUUUGAGUAUGAUUCCUCAAAAUGAAAAAAUUGAAAAAAGCACAUUGAAGUUGUAAUAGCCAUUGUGAACACCGGCAAGGCUUUUUUUAUUGAAGUUCUUCAUUUUUUUUUUAUUCUUUGUAGAAUUUGAAAUUUCAGUCUAAUAAUACUUAACCAUGAUCAUAUUUAUAGAAACGCGCGCCAUAAAUUCUGCACCUGACCCCUCGAAAUUAAAAAUUUGUCGUUUUUUCAAAAUCAAGAGCUUUUCCAGAACUUCCAAUGUGCACAUUAGAUACUUCUGCCUUGACGCCACUGCGAAUUUCGUUUCAAAGGUUUUGUUCAGUGUUCCCAGUUCCUUAUAACAGUCUCUUCCAGGUUGGUGACAAAUGUCGACUUUUCGUCGCCCAGCUGACCAAAGCCUUCCUCGUCGGACUGCAAGACUUGGAGUCCAGGAAUAUUCGGAUAGUCGCUGGAAGUUGGUCAAAGAAAGAAAAUAUACUAAAGUUUUGCAGAGCGCUUUUAAGUAGAAAAUAUGGAUGGUAAAUAGUGGCCACUUUAGUGUCCUUGAGGAACCUCUUCAGUGGCCACUAAAAAUUUUCCCAGUAAAGGGAGAAAUAAAAUAAUGAUUUUGUGCAAGUUACCCAGGAAAACAACCGCUUUUUCUUAUUUCAUUGACUUUAAAAAUAUAUAAGAUCUAUAGAUCCAGUUUUAGAAACUCAAGAAAAAGUUCGAAAAUGAGCUUGAAGCUUAUAAAACCAAUAAUUCAGCUGGACUUGCCCACGUCUCCAAGAUCGACGUCGGACCGAAGAAUGACGUCAACAUCGCUGAGCUCACCAGAUUCCUCUCGUCGGCAACUGAUCCUGCUCUUCUGUAGGCAAAAAAAAAAAACAAAAUAGAGUUCUUAUUUCAUUUCUCCAGUGAAACUGCCUUCCCAGCCAUCCGCGCCAUGAUCUCCUUGGCUUAUCCGCUCCUGAAAAAAGAACUCGUCGAAGAGGCGGCUGCCGUUGCGGAGACCUUUUUCUCGGUUACAGAAAAUCCAGAAUUUUCAUCAACGAGCUCAUUCAGAAGCCGAUUGAAACGCCUUCCGAAAUGGACAAUAAUCUGACGAUGGGCAGUGGAGCGUUGCUCGGAGAGAUUGUCGUCCGGAUGAAGGAUUGGAAGAAGGCUCAGCAGAUUUUGGCUGGUUCGUUUGAGAACGAUAAAAUAAGGGACCGCAUGUGGAAUGGCUCGGAACGACAUAAGAAAAAAGAAUAUUUAGUGGUGUGGUUCUUAGGAAUUUUCGAAGUAGUCAUUAUAGGGUUAGGCGACUGAAAAGUGGUCCCUAUAGGGUCUUUCAAUUUUAUUCAAAAAGUGUCAUUUGCUUUGUUUCUCACAUGAGAAUGCUUCUGCGUCGAGUUCUUAAAAAUUAUCGACCAACAUCUCCCCUAUAGGAGCCACUGACUAAAACCCUUAUAGGAGUCACUUUUGCAAGCUUUAGUGGCCCUAUAGAGAUCAGUGAAGGGGUCUCUCCGAGGGCCCCUAUACCACUCUAAAGUUUCUAAGUUAUAAUUUUUAGUUUUCAAUUUUAAUUCCAAAGGAUGAAUUCUAUUUCUGAAGAGGACAAGACUUUUUUUUGAACAUGAACUUUAGGCUUAUCGGAUUUUUUCUCCCAAGAAUCAAUUUAUAUCAAAAAAAUUUUUAUGUUACCAUGAAGAAAAAAAUGAACUCAGACGUUGAAUCCCCCAAAACGAAGCCAAGGAUACGAUUCGCCAAGACUGUUGCUCUCCAACAAAUGUGCCAGGUCUUGAAAUAGGCCAAGAAUUUCAAAAAAUGUAAAGAUUUUUCAGUCUGGUGGCAAGGAUCUGUGGGAAUCUGAGGCAAAUUCAGCGUGCCGAACCGCCUUGUUGUCUGCAUUCACGUCGACGGAAGUCGUCGUCGCUUCGGCGGCGGUCCGUGCCGCGGCCUUCUUGAUCAUGAGGUGAGUUGGAGGGAAUGAAGUGUACAGAUAAUUUCUAAUAAGUCAUGGACGAUUUGGAUGUGCCCUAUGGAUGAAUUUUACUGAAAACUAGGGAGGUUGAUUUGAGAAGAAAAAAAAUUAACGUAAAUAAUCUGUUUUUGUAUAAUGGCCGUGAAAGAAGGGGCAGAAAUGCUCCGUUGAGAAUCUCGACAAAGUGCCUUUUUUGAGAUACAGAUAUCCUCUAAUAAUUCAUGAAAGAUAGACGAUUUGGGUGUGCUCUAUGAAUAAAUUUAUUUUGGAAAUUAGGGAGGUUGAUCUCAUGAGAAAAAAACAUUUAACGUGAAUAAUCUGUAUGUUUAUAAUGGCCGUGAAAGAAAUGGCAAGUGUGCUCCAUUGAGAAAUUUAAAAAAGUGCCAUUUUUGUGAUCAAUCAAAAAAUGUUGCAUUCAAGUUCAGGAUUCUCUCGUUUUUCUGAUUUUGAAUCCGCUAAAAUUUUUUCAAAUCAGCUUUUUUUUCAAAAUCCUAUUCUUCGAAUGCAUGUUAUCUAUGAUUUUCUCUAGCAUGGACUCACCCGACCGCGAUCUUCUCGUCGCCUUGGCCAAGACGAUGAACCAUUCCUCAGUCGACGUCCGAAGAUGUGUCGCAGUAGCUCUCGGACACAUCGUCGAGCAGAAACCCUUGAAAAACGAUUUCCUCAAGGUUUUCUGAAUCAGAAGUUAUGAAAAAAAAAACGUUCCCCCAGCUCAUCGUCCCGCAACUGGUCAACGGGUCCAAGGAAACCAACUCGGCGGUGAGAUCGUCGUCAGAAUUGGCGCUGGUCCACGCUUUCCGCUACACCGAGGGAACUGAAGGAUUUGAGGUCUUGAGUGAAAAAAUUACUCGAAGAAAGGAAAUUAGCCAAGGAAUUUGAAAGUUUGAGCCGAUUUUCGGCCUGAAUUUAGUUGAACUGAAGUAUUUCAGGUAGUGGAUAAACAAAAUGCGUGGAAAUCUAUUUUGAAACUUUUUUUCAUUGACUAUGAAGGAAAAAACUGACCAUACAUCGAACUGCGGUCAAUGUAUUUUAUCUGACGCUUAUCUGAGAAUUGUCUUUCUCGUCCUCAGCUUCCUAUUUAAUUUCUUAGGAAUUUUAUAGUGAUUCCUUUAGUGGUUAGGGGGGAAAUCAAGGUGGUCCCUACAGGAGUUCAGGGUCUGUAGGGGGUCACUAACUAAAAUCCCCAGAGAUACCAAUUUUUCAAGUCUGAAUGACCCCUAUAGGGGUUGCUAUAGUGAACACUCUGAAGUUCCUAAGUAGAGUGGACCCUCCAAAGGCCCCCUAUAUGGGCCACUCUGGAGUUUCUUAGAUAUGUUGUUUUAAAAACGAAAAUGAUUAAUUUUCAUCUAUACCAUCAAUGAGCUGAAAAUGAGACGUAUUAUAUUUAUAAUUUCAUAUAAUUCCAGGCUUAUCGAUCAACGGUUGAGCCGGUAGUCCAGAAGAUCCUCGACGAAAUGCAGCCGACUUUCGGCCGAGUCGUCCGAAGCGGCGACCUUGUCCAAGAGCAACUCAACAACUUGCUCACUGUAGCUUGA